UCUUCCUUUCUCUCGGUCCUGAAGAUGGCGGCAGGGACUCUGUACACGUACCCAGAAAACUGGCGGGCCUUCAAGGCCCAGAUUGCAGCCCAGUACAGUGGUGCUCGCCUCAAAGUGGCCAGCAACCCUCCUGCCUUCACCUUCGGGCAGACAAACCGCACCCCUGCCUUUGUCAACAACUUCCCUCUGGGCAAGGUACCUGCCUACCAGGGAGAUGACGGCUUCUGUCUGUUUGAGAGUAACGCCAUUGCUCACUACUUGAGCAAUGAUGCCCUGCGUGGUACCACGCCCCAGGCUGCAGCCCAGGUGUUGCAGUGGGUGAGCUUUGCUGACGCAGAGAUCAUCCCUCCGGCCAGUGCAUGGGUCUUCCCAACCCUGGGAAUUAUGCAGUUUAACAAGCAGGCCACAGAGCAGGCCAAGGAGGAGGUGAAGAAGGUCCUUACAGUGCUUAACCAGCAUCUGAAUACCCGUACGUUUUUGGUGGGCGAGAGGGUCAGCCUGGCCGACAUCAGCGUGGCCUGCUCCAUGCUGUGGCUCUACAAACAGGUGCUUGAGCCAUCUUUCCGUCAGCCAUACCCCAACGUGACCCGCUGGUUCAUUACCUGCGUCAACCAGCCACAGUUCAAAGCCGUCCUCGGGGAGGUCAAGCUGUGUGACAAGAUGGCUCAGUUUGAUGCCAAGAGAUUUGCUGAGAUGCAGCCCAAGAAAGAGACCCCUCAGAAGAAAGAAAAAGGAGGGAAGGAGGCAGCCAAGCCCCAGGAGAAGAAAGAAAAGAAAAAGGAGGAGAAGAAGCCUGCCCCUGCUGCUGAGGAGAUGGACGAGUGUGAAGCUGCUCUGGCUGCUGAGCCCAAAGCCAAGGACCCCUUCGCCCAUUUGCCAAAGAGCUCGUUUGUUAUGGAUGAGUUCAAGAGGAAGUACUCCAACGAGGACACGCUGACUGUUGCCAUCCCCCACUUCUGGGAGCACCUUGACCGUGAGGGCUACUCCAUCUGGUACAGCCAGUACAAAUAUCCCCAGGAGCUCACCAUGACCUUCAUGAGCUGCAACCUUAUCACAGGCAUGUUCCAGCGACUGGACAAGCUCCGAAAGAACGCCUUCGCCAGUGUUAUCCUCUUUGGCACAAACAAUGACAGCAGCAUCUCGGGUAUCUGGGUCUUCAGAGGCCAGGACUUGGCUUUCUCUCUGUCUGAAGACUGGCAGAUCGACUAUGAGUCUUAUGACUGGCGUAAACUGGAUUCAGACAGCGACGAGUGCAAGACCAUGGUGAAGGAGUAUUUUGCAUGGGAGGGAGAGUUCAAGCAUGUGGGCAAGGCCUUCAACCAGGGCAAGAUCUUCAAGUGAGAGGACGGCGGGUCAGCUGCAACAACAGCACUUUGCGCUUCUGCUAUCCGUCUACACUAAAAAAAAAAAUAACAAAAAAACACCCGCGGACUUUCAGCCAUCUUGUACCUAUUAAAACUGAAAAACUUGAGACGACAUUUCAAGUUUGGGGGUGGAUUGUGUCACAAUAGCCCCAAAAUGGUUGUUUCUGAGUUGAAAAAUAAAGCAUUUCCCACAAUGCUA